UCUUAUAUGGCGUGUUACAGAAUGCGCCAACUGAUCUAUGGUGGGAACCAAUCCCAAGUUGGUAGAAGUAAGGUGGAGCACGAGUUCUAUCAAAACCCCUUCCAUGACCUAGAUAUGCUCAUCUCUUUCUUUUUUGACUAUUGUGUUUUAUCUGUAAUUUCUGUGACAGGAUUUGGUCCAAUCAUCGUAGGAAGUACCAUGGCAGUGAGAGUUUUCUGUGGGAUAAUAUUUAUGUUUGCAGCUUUGAUCUAUAAACUCCAAAGGAGACGCUUAGCAUUGGAUGAUAGAAUUGAAGAAUUCUUACGCGAUUAUAAGAGCAUCACGCCCACAAGGUACUCUUAUUCGGAUGUUAAGAAGAUAACUAGCGGUUUCAAAGAAAAGCUAGGGCAAGGCGGCUUUGGCUCGGUCUUUAAAGGAAAGCUCGUAAAUGGUCAUCUUGUCGCGGUAAAGAUGUUAGAGAAAUCUAAAGGCAAUGGACAAGAUUUCAUCAAUGAAGUCGCUACCAUAGGAAUGAUCCACCAUAUCAAUGUGGUGCAACUGAUUGGAUUCUGCUCCAAUAGAUCGAAAAGGGCUCUUAUCUAUGACUUCAUGCCCAAUGGGUCUCUUGAUAAGUAUAUCUUCUCUCAAGAAGAUAAAAGUAGCCCUUUGAGUUGGGAGAAAAUGUACAAGAUUGCAUUAGGCGUGGCACAUGGGAUUGAGUAUCUUCAUCGAGGUUGUGCAAUGAAAAUUCUACAUUUUGAUAUCAAGCCUCAUAACAUUCUUCUCGAUGAGAACUUCAUUCCAAAAAUUUCAGAUUUUGGACUGGCAAAGUUCUAUCCAACAGAAAAGAGUAUUGUGUCGGUCACUGCUGCAAGAGGUACAGUUGGAUACAUGGCCCCUGAAUUAUUCUAUAGAAACAUUGGAGGUGUCUCAUACAAGUCUGAUGUUUAUAGUUACGGUAUGUUGUUGAUGGAGAUGGCUGGGAGAAGGAAGAACAUAGAUGCAAUGGUAGAAAAUUUGAGCCAAAUUUACUUCCCGUCAUGGAUUUACGAUCAGCUCAGUGGUGGAGGGGAAAUGGAAAUGGGGAGUGCCAUGUAUGAUGAGAAGGAAAUGGCAAAGAAACUUGCUAUAGUUGGACUAUGGUGCAUACAAAUGAAGCCUAUUGAUCGUCCUUCGAUGAGCAGAGUUGUAGGGAUGCUAGAAGGGGCUCUCGAUCUUCUCCAAAUCCCGCCCAAGCCUUUUCUAUCUCCACCAGUCCACUCAAGAUCAUGCAAUUAGCAGUGAUAACAUUAUAUUGGAAGGGUCAUUUGUAUAAAUAUUUUGUAAAAUACCGCAUGAAUGGUUUUACCUUCUAUUUCUUUCUUUUCCCUCCAAAAAUCUCUCUUGAUUUCUCUCUAAGACAACGAAUCAAAGCUCUCAAUUGAAGUAUUUCAACUAUUGAUAAUUUGGCUC